AUGGAUUUCCCGCACGCGCAGAUGCAAGCGACGCUGGCAGCGACCAACUUCUCGCCAAAAUCAGUCCCGUCGCUAUACCCUCAGCUUGCCAAGUCACAGAAGAAUUUGCAUCGCAAAGACAGCUUCGUUCCGAAACCUCCCAAAGUGCAGGAGAACACUAGCGAUAAUGGCGACGACCAAGGACAGCGCCAGGCUUUCCGCAAGAGUAGCAUCAAGAACUUUGGCAGUCUCUUCGCGCGCAACCGCAGCAGUAUCGCUAGUACUAGUCCAUUGACGCAGGUCAUGAGCUCCGAGUCCGAGGGCAGAGACACAAGCGUCGAGACCGAGCGCGCAAGUCAGCAGACCACACUCGUCAGCUCGGACAUUCCUUCUCCUAGUAAUCUCAUGACUGUUGCCGAGAGAGAGAAAAUCCGCGAGCGUCACCGAAAGUUUGUCAAGCUCCAAGGCCUCGGACACGACCACCCUACCGUCUUCACCGCCGACCCAGGUGACUACUCUCAGUAUGACUACGACGAUAGCGUCGAUAAUCGGCGGUUCAGAGACGAGUGUGGAGAAUGCGAAGGCACACACGUCGCCCACGACCUUGCGAGUCCCACACCGAGCAGCCGCCACCGUCGCAACGAGUCCCUACACGUCAACCUCAGUCGAGAAGAAGUGAAGAAGUACGCCGACGAAGUCCGCAACAUGACCAUCGCAGACGUCCACCUCUCUCUCUUCGGCUACUGGAUCAAAGAGAGCGACGAGCACUUCCAGGAAGCUAAGAAAUAUCUAAGGGAGUUGGGUCUCGAUCGCGGCUACAACCUCUCCCGCCUCAACAACUUCUGCCUCGAAGAACUCUGCCGCGACGUCCACGACAUCCGCUCCUCUUCACCCGUAGGUUUCUUGCCGUCGCCCUCGCACUCCUCUGUCUUCUCCUCGCCUGGUCCGCCGCCGGUAGGGGCUUCAGAUGAGUUGUCUCUGCGACCGUCCUCGGUGACGUCGUAUGAUUCGUUCUACGAUGAGACGACAGACUGGAAUAUCAGCGUUGCGGGCAUCUAUCAGCAGGUGGUUGAAUUGGAGGAUGUGGGUCAGAUCGAUAGGAUUAUUUCUGAUCUGGAGAACAUGAAGGCGUUGUACUCUGAGGAGACCUGA